AUUAUUUGUCACUUAUCAAGUAAAUUUAGUAAAACUUAACUUUUGAAGAUUUUAUUUAACUCCAAAAUGAAAACAAUCAAUUGCCAAGGACAUGAAAAACCUAUAACAAAAUUGAAAUAUAAUUUAGAGGGUGAUUUAUUGUUUUCUAUUGCUAAAGAUUCUUCCCCUUGUGUUUGGUACUCUAUAAAUGGAGAAAGUUUAGGUACUUAUAAUGGACACAAUGGUGCAGUCUAUGGUUUAGAUGUAAAAUGGGAUUCCACAAAAUUAGUUACAGGUGCUGCAGAUACUUUUUCUAUAUUAUGGGAUACAGAAACAGGGAAGAGCUUAGGAAAUUCUAAAUAUAAAUCUACUGUAAGAUCUGUAAAUUUUAACAUGGAUGGUAGUCAGAUACUUCUUACAACACAGCAACAAAAAGAUGAACCAUCAUCAGUCUUUCUCUUAGAUGUGGCAGAAAUUGGAAAUGAUAAUAAUUGUAUUAUCAAAACUCUCAAAAUGGUAGGUAAAUCUAAUGUUACUGGUUCAAUAUGGGGCCCAUUAGAUGAAUAUGUUAUUACAACUCAUGGAGAUGGUAGCAUAUGCCAAUGGGAUAUAAAAAAUGAGAAAUGUAUCAAUACUGCAAUAGAUCAUAACUUGGAAAUAAAUGACAUCCAAUCUUCUAUUGAUAUGGUAUAUUUUAUUACAGCUUCAUCCGAUCUAUGUGCUAAACUGUUUGACAUGGAUACUUUAAAAUGUUUAAAAACCUAUAAAACAAAUCGUAAAGUCAAUUCUGCUGCACUUUCACCCACAUUUGAACAUGUAGCUUUAGGUGGAGGGGAAGAUGUUAGGCAAGUUACGACAAGUGCAGACAAAGGUGGUUUUGAAACCAGACUUUAUCAUCUGAUUUACGAGGAAGAAUUCGCAAAAGUACCUGGACAUUUUGGUCCUAUAAAUUCCUUAGCAUUUCACCCUGAUGGAAAAAGGGGAUCACAUCAUAAUCAGAGGAUGCUUUUACCAUUUGUGUCAAAGUACCCAUAGAAAAAUUCAAAAGCUAGGUCUGGAAAGCCAAUACAGAACCGAUGAAGCCCUAAGCUACUUUUGUGGCAUGAUGGACGGCUUAGCAUUUGUUCCUUUAUGUGAUGUGGGCAUUGCAAUGGCAUUCCUUAGAUCGGUUACUACGAGUAAUGGUAAGGAUAUUCUUGAAUAUUUCAAUAAAAAUUACAUCAAUGGAGUAUCAAUGGAGGUCAGAAGCAAUUCUCAAUCCCAGACAGGUCGAAUUGGGCCUCGAUUUUCUCCAUAAACUUGAAUCAGAGCACUCUAUCCAACGAAUAAUUCAUAAAUAAUUAAUGCGAAGGUUCGAAUCAUCGUUUUUCUAAUCUGGUUGGGAAUAAACACCCAUCAAUCAGGGUAUUGAUUAAAAAAAAUGAAAUGCGAGGUGGCUGCCGAUGAAACCAAACUUGAACGAUGGCGUGUAGGUAGUUGGACACCGAAAACAAAAUCGUGAUGUUCAAAUUGGUACUGGGUAAAAAAAAUAUCCCAGUAAAAUAACCCAUGUAUUUUUUAUUUUCGUAAAAAUUUUUAGCUAUAGUAAUAAAUACAAUAUCCAUCUUAUUUAUA